AUCAAUACUCGCCUUGCUCUUAGAUCUCAAUAAAUGCAGAGAGGGGAAAGGGAACAUCAACUGUGAAGCGAUCUUUCUAGCCAGUGAAACCAGCUAUAAUCAGCCUAAAACAUGGAAACCUUGGAAUACCAUGAACUUGUUCAGAGAUACUAUGGCUCUCGCCUGGAGAUACAUGGUAAUCUAAAGACCAGUGCAUCAUGCAUGUCACCAUCCACCCCAAUACCCCAGAGCACUUUUGAUGCACUUCGACUAGUCCAUCCCUCGGUCUGCAAAAAAUACUCUGGUUGUGGGCUGGUUGUUCCUGAGAAGCUACAGGGCUGUAAGGUGCUGGAUCUGGGCAGUGGCUCUGGCAGAGACUGCUUCAUUCUCAGUAAACUAGUGGGCCAGAGCGGUCAUGUCAUCGGCAUUGACAUGACAGCAGAACUGAUCCUGGCAUCACGCAAAUAUGUCCAGUACCACCAGCAGAAGUAUGGCUACGAGAAGCCCAACACCAUAUUUGUGCAGGGUUACAUAGAGAAACUGAAUGAGACGGGAAUACAGAGUGGUUCGCUGGAUGUUCUGGUGUCAAACUGUGCCAUGUGUCUGUGUCCUGACAAGAAGCAGGUUCUCAGGGAGGCUUUCAGAGUGCUCAAGGAGGGUGGGGAACUCUACUUUAGUGACAUAUAUUCCAACAAGGCUGUUCCGGAACAUUUGAAACAAGACCCAGUUCUGUGGGGUGAAGGCUUGAGUGGUGCCCUCUACUGGCGAGACCUGAUCUCUCUAGUGCACGAGGUGGGCUUCAGUACUCCAUACCUUCUCACUGCAAGCCACAUCAUAAUCCACAAUAGUGAGCUACAGAAGAAAGCAAGUGGCAUCACACACACCUCUGCAACUUACCGCCUCUUCAAGUUGCCCAAAAAUAGAAAGCAGAGCGACGCAGUUGUGGCUUACAAAGGAACGGUCCCUGACCAUCCCGACCUACUCAAGUUUGACAUGUAUCAUUGUUUUGAGACAGACAUAGAGGUAACCGUGGAUCCAGAAAUGGCAGCCGUGCUUCAGCAUUCCCGAUUCUCCUCUGACUUCUCCAUCCAAAUCUCAGACAAACCUGCACCAAGCCCUAAAUGUUCCCCUCAGAGCUGCCAACUUAAUAACCCAUUCCUACUUGCUGAUAACCUCAAACUUCAUUCAAAGCCCUCCACCAAGAUUGGGAACACUGAAGAACCAGUGGAAUAGUAUGACACUACCAACUGAAGGGAGAUACUAUUUAAUUCAUGAAAAUGAAUAUAAUAAACAUGUUACAUGAUUUUGUUAACUACAUUUUUGUGUGAUUUGCAAAUAUAUUUAAUGUGGGCUCUGUUUAAUUGUUAAUACAUUGCUAUUAGAAAUUGACUGAGUUGGUCCCGCCACACA